UGUUUGUAUGUGUAGGUAUCAACUAUUGUUUUCGUUCAUAGGUAGCGUAAUCAUGUACGUUUUGGUUUUAGUUAUGUGUGUGACAAAGUUAGGUGAGUUGCUUUAUUAAUGUUUAAUUUAAAGUGAGUGAGAUUUCUAGCUGUUAUUGAAAAAGUCAAGUUAUAAACGUGAGAAAUCAUGUUUAGAGCACUCAUAAUAACAUGUAUUGUUAUAGUAAAAAUUGUUUGUUCCAAUGGAAAUAAUCAUAAACAAGACGAAAGUGUUACUACUAUUAAUAGUAAUACGAACAGCGACGGUGACGAUAAAACUGAAAGGGAAUUUACUGGUCGCGCGAAAACCCCUUCAAAAGAAGAUGUGUACAAGUGGUUUGGCACCACAGAUCAAGUUAAAAAUGGGUGGGUAGAUCCACAUGCCAUGUUUGAUUAUGAUCAUAACACCAUAAACCAUGAUAGAAUUAAUAAAAUUAAAAGAAACACUGAUGAAACUAAAUUUCAAGAUGACGACUUUCAGAUGAACAACAAAGGUGGUGUGAAAUUGAAUGAAGACCGAGCUAAAAUUAACUGUGAUGUUGAGCUAUAUAACUGUCAUAAUUUGCAAAAUGAUCUAAAUAACUGCAAGAAAUCUCUUCUGGAAAAUACCCAGGAAUUUUGUAAGUGUGAGCACGUAUAUUUAAGACGCUUAGUGAAAAAAUUUGUCUACAAACUUAAGCCUUUUGAUUUGAAAUUGAAAAAUAGCACAGACAUUCAGAUAAGUUUAAGUUUAUCUCCAAAAGAUAUUGAGGCUUUUGAUCUUUUUGUAGCUUACCCAGGUAAAUAUAUUAAUGAACUUGAUCAGACUUUGUCAGAGUUGAUUUCUAACAGUAUUGUCAGUGAACAGUAUGUUAUCAAAGAAUCAUGGUUGGAAUCAUUACAUAGAAAUAUAUGGCUCUCAGAAUUUACUAUUCCUGUACUAUUCUUUUUUGGUUUGGUUUUGCUUAAAGUUAAUUUUGUGUACAAGAGUUGGUUUCAGGUUAUUUUAAGAUUGCUGGCCAUAAUAUUCAUAUUCAGUUUUGGUAUUGAAUGGAUAAAUCUGUAUAAGAUACAGCUGGCUAAGAAACAUGCUAGUUUAUCUUCUGGCUCUGUGCCCCAGGAAUGUUCACCUGAUGAUAUGGAUUGGUGGCAGAGCAUAAAAACAUGGUUUAAAUCAGGAGUUAUGGUGGAAGAAAAUCUGUGUGAAAAGUACUACAAGAGUAUUAUGGUAGAUCCAUUUUGGGAAGUUACUCCUUUAAUGGCUUUAUCAGAAACCAUUUGGAAAUUUGUGCUUCACCCUGCUGCGUUACUUGGAACUUACGUGGGACGUUUCAUCAAGAUGCUUUUUUUAGAAAUUCCUCCAUUUCUUUGGCUUCCUGCUGCACUUUUCAUUUUUAUUAUAUUUUGCUUAAUUAUUGUUAUGUGUUUUGGUUAUCGAGUUCGUUUUCCAUUCUUUCUAGGAACACUUGAACCAGCUUAUAGAAAUACAGAAGCCUUAAACCUUCCCACAAUGGUAUUAAAUACCCUAAGGGUGGAAACCUUUACCCCCAAUGAUCCAUCUGUUUCUAGCUUAGAAGCUGAAGAUAUGGUCAGAAGUGAGAAGAAUAACAUUAAGGAUUGUAUCAAAGGGAAGGAUUCAGAAUAUAAGAAAGUUAGCAAAAAAUGGAGUGGGAUAAACACAAGAAAGGCUUAUCGUACCACAUCUGUUCCACAUAACAUGCUGGGUAUUAAAAGUGGAACCAGUAAAAAUAUUAAUAAAAGAAAAUUAAUGUCAAAGUCACUGUCUGAUAGUAACCUUGCAGAAAUGAAUAAUGCAUCUGCAAUUGCUGCCAAAAAUUAUAGUUGUAUACUAAAGAGUUUUUAUAUACCUAGCAUUAGUGAUGAAGGAUUCAAUUCUAAGCCUAAUGAGAAGAAACAGGUAUCAACCAGAAAUACUUUUUCUGCUGGAGAUAUGGAAAAUGAGAGAUAGGAAAUAAGCAGUUACAAGUAACAAUGUUACAUAUAAUUGAAGUUUUAAGUUAACAAGCUUAACUGGUGGAAUAUUAAUAUAUUGAAUAUAAAACUUGAAGAAAAUAUUACAAUGUUUACAAGGAAUACAUGUUUUACCUGUUUCUAAGGGCAGAAUGAUAAAAUCCUGUGUUGCUUUUGCAUGUAAAAAAUGAUCAUGGCUUUAUAUAUCAGUGCUAUUGCUUCUGUGGUGCAUUUUUUUAGGGAUGUUCUGUUAUCAGAUAGUAUGAAAUUAUAAAAAAAAAUUUUUUAUAAGCAUUUAAAAUAUUUUAUUUCAGAAAUUGGUUUGGUUAAUUUUCCAGUACUAAUCUUUGAUAACAUGAUAACAUCUGUCACUGUUAACAGUUGUGUAUGAAAUUGACUUGUUAUUAAAAUAAAUGUGCCUAGUGUUAUGCUCCUUGAGGCCAUAUUUCUUAACUUGUAUGGGGUGAAUAUUUCAGGGAAAUAGAAAUCAUUAUUGACAAAGUUUUCCAUUUUUACGUAUUGCUUCAGCUGUAGUCUGCAGUGCCGUGAAGUAUUUUUGUUUAUGUGUAACAAACUAGCUGAAAUACAUUUCAAAAACUUAUUUUUAUUGUAUAUCUAAAUUGAUUUGUUUGUUAAAUAACAGUGAGUAGUAGAAUUCUUUGAUGUCUGGAUUAUAUAAUAAAUGUAUGGAACAAUGGCAUGUUCUUACAUAGGUUUAUUUGUUAUUUUAGUAACAUUCUCUUCAUUUUUGCAGGUUAAAAUUUAGCCAGUUUUGCAAUUUUCUGUCAUCUUUAUAACUGUGAUUUUUAUUGUGCCAUUUUUUGGGUGGAUUAAAUGCAUUGUUAUCAUCUAUCAAAGAAACAUAACAGACAUCCUUUACCUAUUAAAUUGUGACCAGACCACCCAGUGAAACAUUUGAAAAGCCAUGACAUUUUAUCUUCUGGAGGGACAAACGUAAUUUACUUUAAGUUGAAAUUAUUUUUAAAGUACUAUAGUUCCAUAUUUAUAAAAAGAAAAAUGUAGAAAUACUAUAUUAGAGGUAGGUAAAUAUUUGGGUUUUCAAUAUAACUAUUAUUUCAUUCUGGUACAUAUGCUUUCUUUUUUUCUUUCAAAUUAAAAUGAAAAGAUAAAUGAACCCGAGAAUAUUAUUUUCAUAGUACUUAAUGAAAAAAAUGCACACAUUAAAAUGUUUGUCACUGCGGAAUGUAUGGUUUCAUUGGUUUAGAAACUACAAGUAUACUGUAUUCUGGAGCACUACAACUGUACUUAGAAUAUUAGAAGUUAGAAUAUUUUUCCGUUACAGAAUACAGAUUUUAGUUCACAGCAAUAGUUAAUGUUGUAAUUAACUUUAUGAAACAUUCAUAGAGAUGUAUGUUUUUGUAUAAACCACCAAGUAACUGUUCAGUAAACUUUAAAAAAUAAAGCAUUUAAAGAUGUUUUAAUUUUUCUAUACAAAAAGAUGAAGAAAUAUUUAGUUUUAUUGGGAUUGUAAGAUUUUUUUUGGGGGGGGGGGAAUUAAAACAAAGCAAAAUAGUGAAUUCUCUAACCAUUUUGUGUGGUGUUAAAAAGUGUAAUAAUUGGAUUUAAACUAUGUUUCAUCUGAUAUAUUUAAUGUUCACAGUAUGUGGGUAAUUGUGUACAUAAACUGAAAAUUACCUGCGUAUAAAUUCAACAUUGGUGAUGUUUAACACUACAAUUCUUAGUUUUAUGCAGUUGCUUCUAAAUGAGCAUUACACUGUUGAAAUGAUAAGCACAUAAUUAAAUUUUGAUUUCAUGCCAUCAGCCAUUUCUUUGAAAUAUAUAGUUCAACUGAGUAUAUAGAUACAAGCUUGAAUUCAGUUCUCUUCUAGUCCUAAUUUUUAAAAAUGGCUGUGUUAUUCUUUGAAUUAACUACCCUUCCAUGUCAUUUUAUUAUUAUAAAGCAUAUUUUCAAUUGUGAUAUUAAAUAUAUUUGCAGGCUAAAAUUCCAAUAUGACAUUACUGGUUUGGUGGCCCAUGUGUUUUAAAAAGUGCUAUGCUAGAAAUAAAGAAAAGAUUAAACUGGUAAAGACUUGUAUUUUGUCUCCCUGUUAAACAGAAUGUGCUUAUUACAUCUUUUGGGACAUUACAGUGCUUCAACCUUUCAUUAGGUUGAAAUAAAAUGUUUUUAAAACUGAAUAUCUUUCAGUUUGGAAUUUUGAAAUAUAUAUGUUUCUGUAAAGGCAUAAACCUGUGGUUAGACAAAUUAAUCAUAUACAUGUAAAAUUCUGUAAUCUUAACAGAUACUCUUCAAGCUGUGUUAUUUCUGUGUCCAUGUUGUCUUAAACUUGUAGCAGCUAUGUGAAACAUAUGUUGUUGUUGUUCAUCUCUAAUUGUCAAUAAAGAGCACAUCAGAAAUGGA